AUGGACCCAGUCGCAAGUCUUGGAAAGCUCGACAUUCUUCCCAUCGAGCUGCUCGACAUCAUUGUUUCACAGUGCUGUGAUAUACAGACAGUUGUCACCUCCCUUUCGCUCGUAAACAGAUGUGCUCGAGUGAUCCUUCAUUCGUCGUUCAUCUAUCAACGCCUCCGCUGCCACGCCGACCGCGCACUCGUUGCGAUGCUUAGAACCAAAGUCGCGUCCUACUUUACGCUCGCAGAUGUUGAUAGUAUCCUCUGCGGUGACCCUUACUGUACCAGAAGUGGUGACUUUGGACCCCCUCUCUGGCUCCCGGAGUGCUGUCGCUGCUGCAUGUCCUGUCUUCGUGGCGCACCUGAUCUCUCAGGCUUGCCCAUCUCCCGACAUGCAGCCACAAAGGCCCUUGGAAUAUCUAAAUCAGCAUUGGCCCGUCUCCCCACGUAUGAAUCACCGUACCCGUGUCUGAGUUUCCGACACGCUCGAGCUGCAGCAGUCAAAAUCGCCGGCGGGGAAGCGCAAUUCAUGGCCCGUAUAAGCGUCUCACCAUGGCGCCAGGCGGCAUACGAUGCAUUCAUCGCCCAGACAAGGCCAUGGGAUAACGUAGCUCGUUACAUGGUAGCGGCGCCUUUGCCUUAUUUUGACAAGCGCUUCGGAAAGGUCGAUCGAGGGAUUCAUUGUCUAGGCUGCCAAAGAGUAGUAGUAGCAGCAUCAAUGGUAAACUGUGUCUACCACCGCGAGGAUAUUCGCCGUAGGGAUACGGUUUAUGUGGCUCGCGACUUCAUCCACCAUAUAUAG